CGAAAGGUGUGCGCGCAACUCAGUUGUCGCCUGACGCGGAGCUGUCAAACGAAAAGCGCGCGAACUUUGACAUUUUUUUUUCAUAAUUUUUUUUAAUCGCGUGGCACUCGUAAGGUGUUAAUAUGAAGUACCUGGUUGUUUUGGCUGUAUUCGCUCUGGCUUUUGCCGCAGAAGAGAAGAAAGAAAAUGACGGCCCUAAGACUUUUCAGCGGUUGAUCCCUGCUGAUGUUCUUAGAGACUUCCCCGGCGUCUGCUUCGCGUCCACCCGCUGCGCGACCGUCGAGCCAGGCAACUCAUGGGACCUAGCACCUUUCUGUGGUCGUAGCUCUUGCGUCAUCAGCGAAGACCAGCCCCCAAGGCUGUUGGAGUUAGUUGAGGACUGUGGACCUCUGCCAAUUGCUAACCCUAAGUGCAAGCUUGAUACUGAGAAGACAAACAAGACAGCUCCCUUCCCCGGCUGCUGCCCAGUCUUCACUUGCGAGGAUGGCGUCAAGUUAGAGUACCCAGAACUCCCUACACCUCCCCCAGAAGACGCAAAGAAGGAGGAGGAAAAGAAAUCUUAAAUUAUUACAAAAAAAAAUUAGAAAUAAAUUUAGUCUAUGGCAGAGCGCGGCAACCAUGACAGCUCAUUUGUAAUCUGUGGCGGGAAAAUUACGCGCCAAUUUUAGACGCUUUUAGUUACAGAUAAAAAAUUUGAACGUCUAAAGGUGAGGCGUUUUGAAUAGAAAUUUUUAAUUGUGGCCCAUUGCCUCCACUUUCCAUUGAAAUGAUACGUUUCGGCUUUCUAGUUUCUAUUUUAUAAUGUACAAUAGGCCACCAUUGUUGAAAAUCAAUCGCCACACUUCCUGUCUUUUCAAAAAACUGUGACAAAAUGUUAAUUGUUGUACAUUUUUGUGUUUGUUUUUUUAGAAGUUCAUCGGCUUUUUACUUGAAUACCUGCCUAUUAUAAGAUAAUGUUUGUGAUAUUGAUAUUAAUAGAAAAGUUAUUCAAUAAAAAAUACAAAAUUUCUAA